GGAAGUGUAAUUCCUAACUCUACCGGUGGGGGGAAUGUGGCGCAGGUUAGCCCGGCAACAAUGACCAAAAAUCACUAAGAAGUCUCGUUUUUCAUUUCGUUUUCUAACUAUCAUUAUUCUCGGUUGUUGUUUUUCUUUUCACCCACGCAAACUAUCGUUUUUUAAGGUGAACAUGCCUCGCAGACGACAGAGAGCCAUGGCCGGCAGUGUCUCCGAUGGGACUGAAGAUUCGGACUCUUCUGCUGAAAGAGAACAGACCCACAGUUCAGAGAGCGACGGGAACAUGCCGAAACGCCAGCGCCUCACCAGAGCCUCCACUCGCCUCAGUCAAAGCUCUCAGGGUUCGUCAGCGCAGCUCAACAAAUCUAUACGAUGCAGUCAGACGAGCCAUUUUUCUAAAAAGAUCAAAUCUUUUCCACCAGAUACCCCAGACCUGAAGCGAGCCGCCGAGCACGACGAAUCUCCACCGCUGACCCCCACGGGAAACGCCCCCUCAUCUGAAUCCGAGCUGGACAUCUCCAGCCCCAACGCCUCUCACGACGAGAGCCAUACCAAAGACCAGGCCGGCAGGGAUUCAGAUAAAGACCUCUCCCAUCGACCCAAACGCCGCCGCUGUCACGAGACCUACAACUUCAACAUGAAGUGUCCCACCCCGGGGUGUAACUCACUGGGUCAUUUAACAGGGAAACACGAACGCCAUUUUGCGGUAUCAGGGUGUCCUCUUUAUCACAAUCUGUCUGCAGACGAGUGCAAGGUAAAAGCCAUCAGUCGGGAGAAACAAGAGGAGGAAGCAAAGACGCAAGAAGACAACAGUUCACGCCACGCAACUCGUCACCAGACUCCAACACCAAAACAGAGCAAAUACAAGGAACAUGUGGCGGAAAUGAGGAAAGGAAGAAACGCCGGACAGCAGAAGGAACAGAAAGAAAAGCACAUGGAGCAUCGGCAGACACACGGGAACACCCGAGAACCUCUGCUGGAGAACAUCACCAGUGAAUACGACCUGGAGCUUUUCCGGAAGGCGCAGGCUCGGGCGUCGGAAGACCUGGAAAAGCUUCGCAUUCAGGGUCAGAUCACGGAAGGGAACAACAUGAUCAAGACCAUCGUGUUCGGCCGCUACGAGCUGGACACCUGGUACCACUCGCCGUAUCCCGAGGAGUACGCGCGCCUCGGCCGCCUGUACGUGUGCGAGUUCUGCCUGAAGUACAUGAAGAGCCAGACCAUCCUGAGGAGACACAUGGCCAAGUGUGUGUGGAAGCACCCCCCAGGAGACGAGGUGUACAGAAAGAGCUCCAUAUCUGUGUUUGAAGUCGACGGCAAAAAGAACAAGAUCUACUGCCAGAACUUGUGUUUGCUCGCCAAGCUUUUCCUGGACCACAAGACACUUUAUUAUGACGUGGAGCCGUUUCUCUUCUACGUGAUGACCGAGGCGGACAACACAGGCUGUCAUUUAGUGGGAUACUUUUCCAAGGAGAAGAACUCGUUUCUGAACUACAACGUGUCCUGCAUCCUGACCAUGCCGCAGUACAUGAGGCAGGGCUUCGGAAAGAUGCUCAUCGAUUUCAGUUAUCUGCUGUCCAAAGUGGAGGAGAAGGUGGGCUCACCGGAGAGACCUCUGUCAGAUCUGGGUCUCAUCAGCUACAGAAGCUACUGGAAGGAAGUAUUACUCAGAUACAUGUGUAACUUUCAAGGCAAAGAGAUUUCCAUCAAAGAGAUCAGUCAGGAAACGGCCGUCAAUCCUGUGGACAUAGUGAGCACGCUGCAGUCUCUGCAGAUGCUGAAGUACUGGAAGGGGAAGCAUUUGGUGUUGAAACGACAGGACCUGAUCGACGAGUGGAAAGCGAAGGAGAUCAAACGAGGUAACAGCAACAAAACCAUCGACCCCAGCUCGCUCAAGUGGACCCCCCCCAAAGGGACAUGAGGACCCCGACCGUCAGGCUACUGGAAAAGACGGAGAAACACCUUCAGCCUCUCAAACCACAAGUAGCCUAAACGCAUAAGCUUUCAAUAAAGACCAGUGUUCCCUUUCUACUCAUCGCUA